AAAACUACGGUCGUUGCGAUCGUUCGAUGUUAAAAAGAAAACAGAAAGCUGCAGCUCGCCGGCAGAAAUAACGCGACAAAUUUGGUUUCUUGUAGAAAAACCUUUAAAAUUGUGGUAAAUUUGUUUUCAUUCAAGUUUUGAAAUAUUUGGUUCGGCUUUCCUGAGUUGUUGAUGUUUUUAACAUUAAUUCGAGAGUGUUAAAUGUGUUUUCCAAUGUAAAGAGCACCGGCUCAAACCGCCUUUUUCGGCCUCUUAGCGAUGCGAAAAUAGUUCGCGAAAACGCAGCAGGCGACGCGUCGUUUUGGCUCUUGAAAAGGGCAUGAAAACUCGAAAACUGGGGCCAAUAAAAGAUACAUACAGGAAAAAUAAGCGAGUGCGCGAAUCCGACUGCGUGUGCGCUGUGAAUGUGUUUGUGCCUAGCCAAAAAACAAACAAAUAAAACUAGUGUGAAGAAUAAUUUGCGCUGUUUAAACAAUUAGCCGCAAAACAAACGCCGAAGUGAAUUCCUGUAUGUGUGUAUCUGUACCUGUAUUCGUAUGCCUGGAAUGCGCAGUCGCGCAUGCGCAAAUAUUUGUGAUUUGUUUUGAAAGGAGAGAAGGAGCGAAGGAGAAAGAGAGAGCCUUAAAGAGAGAGGGAUCAGAUUGGAAUAAAAAACACAUCUUCUGGCAUUCGCAAAAGUGACUUGACAAUAUGACUCCGAGGUCGUAGACUCCGGAAAAUCAAGGAGAGAGGGCAGAAGAGGCAGAGAAACACCGAAACGACACAAGGCACACAAGGAACCAACACGAAAAUGUCCGGCAAUCAACAACAGCAGCAGCAGCAACUACAACAACAGCAACAGCAGAAGUCAUUAACUAACAACACGGCGGCAGCAACCACAAACGGAGCAACCACUUUGGGCCAUAAUUUGAUAAAAAUAAAUAGCGUUGACAAAAUAAUAGGCAAAACUCAGGCAGCGACGCAGGCAAUUAACAAACUACAGCAGCAGCAACAACAACAACAACAACAACAACAACAACAACAACAACAGCAACAUCAUCAACAAAUCCACCAGCGCCGCUCUUUGUUACCUUCAACAGGAGGAGCAGUCGCAGCAACAACAGCAACAGCAAAUCCCCACCAGCAACACUCAUCGCAGCAGCAAAGCGGAACGCCAGCGCCAGCGGCUCAGUCGCCAGCCCAAAAGCAGCAGCAGCAGCAGCAACAAUCACAUCAAUUGCAGACGGUGGCCACGAUACACCAGCCGCACUCCACGCAGCAGCAGGCAUUGACUUCCCGCCUGCCCAUCCAGCAGCAAUCCACUAAAGAAUUGCCCAAUCUAGCUGCCCAGCAGCCGGCACAGCAACGUCGCAGCUUCCACUACCAGUUGCAACAUCAGCAGCAAUCUCUGCGCAGCCCUCAGCUAAAAGCACCGGCACCCGCCCACUCAAUUCCUCCGAGAUACCAGCCGCCCCCUCAGCCGGCCACCGGGAUCCUCAAGCCACACUUGCCCCUUAAGUAUCCACCGGAUAUCCCCCAGCUAUCCAGCAUCUACAUUCCCGACUCCAUCAAGCAGCAGCAGCAACAGCAGCAGUCGCGAUAUCUGACACACCAGCCGGGAGCGAAGGAUAUGCUGAAGUUUGUGCGCAAGCCGGACCAGGAACAUCCAUCGCCCAAUGCCUCGGUCACGUCCAGCGGCACUGGAAUACCUACGGCCAAUGGCGGUGCUCGCCUAACCGCCGAGCAAAACCGCCAGCUGCAGUCUCUGGUCAAUGAACUGCGUGCUCUGAAGGAGCAAAAUCAGCGCCUGCUCGACGACAACCAGGAGUUGCGAGAUCUUUGUUGCUUCCUUGACGACGACCGGCAGAAAGGUCGCAAACUGGCCAGGGAAUGGCAGAGGUUUGGGCGCUAUACCGCUAGCGUUAUGCGUCAGGAAGUGGCCGCAUACCAGAAUAAACUACGUCAGCUGGAUGAUAAGCAGCAGGAGCUAAUCACUGACAAUCUGGAAUUAAAAGAGCUCUGCUUGUACUUGGACGAAGAGCGUGCCCAUGUGGCUGCCAACGCGCUCUGCGCUGGAUGCGGAGCCGCCACCAGGAAUGCCUUGCGAGAUGAUGGGGAUGGAUCCAGCUCCAGCACGAACGCAGAUGAGACUAUUACCGCGUUGAGAAACUAUGCAGAGCAGCGGCAGAUACCCCAGGAUCUACGUCAUGCACACACGCUGAACGACCAGACGCUUCAGUAUGUGCGUUCUCUGGAGCGUCGCAUCCAGCAGCUGGAGGAGGAGCGCACCACGCCCACAGCUCACCUGCAGCAGCCGACGACGCCCACGCCGCAAGCAACGCCCACGCCAAUGACCACAUCCGCAGGUACACCAGCCAAAUCAGCACCAUCACCCCACCAGCAUCAUCAGCAGCAGACCCAUCAGCAGCAACAGGACAUCGUAGCAGCUGCAGCGGCAGCAGCGGCGGCUAUUCAACUGCCGGAGCCGAUAGCCGGACGCCCGGAGGCGGUAGUCCGUGCCCUUCAGGUGCUGGAGGUGCGUGAGCAACUGGAGCGCGAUCGUUUGGGAAAUCUUGCUGGAAGCGCACUCGAUCAGAUGGACGACGGAGAGAAGGCGCUGGUGCGCGAGAUGUGCAACGUAGUCUGGCGCAAACUGGAAGGCAGUCCACAUGGACCGGCAGCCCUUGAACCGCUUUAAGCUGACAAGAGAACCAGAAGCGGAUGCAACGUAAACCGGGCUAACACCUAGACUGUAAGGUUUAAAGCUAACUUAUGCCGUAAUAUUUAACACUAAACAUUGUACAAAGUUCAAACCACAAUUAAGUUUAAGCUAUCGCUAAAGGCGAAAGAAUACUCAAAAAAUAUUUGGGAUAUUCCAGCAACUGAUUCGCAAUGAAGAUCAAUAAACUGUCAAUCUGGAAAUAGAUUAGCUUUUACCUCUAACACAGUAAAUAUUUAACUUUUAUAUCAUAUUUUAUGUUCUUGUUAUCAUAUUUUACAUAUUUUUAGAAGCUACUUUUAUGUAUCGCUUGCUUAUUUAUAUUGUAAGAUUUAGGUUCAAAAUCCAGCUUUAACAGGCCUUAAAGCUGGACUGUUUGGACGCGAAUCAGUAUCACCUGCUCAACCCCAUGACUCCACAGAAUCAAAUAAUCAACUCAUUGUUGUUUAUUUUCGAUUUUGAACUUUCUUGGGAUCACUCUUUUUAAUUAGUUUGUAACUUUGCUGAUCAGUUGAUGGAGUAUACUCAUAAUUAUUUUUUUUACCUAUUAUAAACUUUGACUGUUAUUUUUGAAUGCCAAGAAGAAAACUACUAUCAUGAAAAAUUUGCUAACUCGAAAUACAAUGCAACAAAUAUUUCCAUA